CUGAUGUUGCUUCAAAAAGGUGCUUUAUAUGCGGGUCAUGUGCACUUAGAAUUGUGCUGAAGGAGUUUUGUCCAUGUGACAGUUCCUGCAGUGAACACAGGGUGGCGACAGAGGGCGCUAAUCAGAGCCAGGUGGUCACGUCUCAGUGAAGUUUGUAGGAAGGAUUGCGCACAGUUGGAGAGCGAGACAGAGGGGAAAAGUGAGCUGGGCUCCAACGGGGAGGGAAGAGACAGAAACCAGGAGCACGGAGAGCUUUCUUCCAGACUCGCAUUUUUUUCCCCCCUUCACGGAGAUAGUUUUGGUGCGCUUUGAUACACAGCGCACAAGUUAUCAAGGAACCGCAGCUUGAGUCGUAGCAUUUUUGGAGGAGCUCGAAAUUAAAUUGUGAGUGUAGUGGAUGUGAAAAGCGGGCGAAGGUUUAACACAGAGCUAGAGGAAUGCAUCCAACUCGGACAGCGGCGUGCCAGUGUCUGUGGAGGUGUCCAGCCUGCGCUCUCUGGAUCGCUCUGCUUCUCCACUGUGUCCUGGACCUGAGCGCGUCUGGGUCUGAGUUCCCCCAAGACCCCAGUGUGCUUGCUGCCACUUCUUGGAACACCUCUAAUAAUGGGCCCUUCUUCAUCCGACUUGAUGCUCCAAUGAACAACAUUACCACCUCUCUGGGCCAAACAGCUGAGCUCUUGUGUCAUGUGUCUGGCAACCCGCCACCUACUGUGCGCUGGCUGAAGAACGAUGCCCCUGUCAUGCAGGAGCCACGGCGGGUCUCCUACCGCUCCAUGUCGUAUGGAUCUCGCCUCCGCAUCCGCAACCUGGACACCACCGACACAGGCUACUUCCAGUGUGUGGCCACCAACACCCAGGGUACCGUGUCCACGACAGGCGUGCUGUUUGUCAAAUUUGAUCCACUACCUACAUCUCUGCCAGGAAGGCCAACGGAUGAUUUCGAUGAAGAGGGAUUCUGCCAGCCUUACAGAGGCAUAGCCUGUGCCCGCUUCAUCGGCAACCGUAGCAUCUUUGUUGAUUCAUUGCAGAUGCAGGGUGAGAUCGAGACCCAGAUCACAGCGGCCUUCACCAUGAUCGGAACUUCCAACCAUUUGUCUGAUCGUUGCUCCCAGUUUGCCAUCCCUUCUCUUUGCCACUUUGCCUUCCCCACAUGUGACCGCAGUUCAGGAACUGACAAACCUCGGGAUCUCUGUAAGGACGAAUGUGAGAUCCUGGAAAACGACUUGUGUAAGACGGAGUACAUCAUCGCCCGCUCAAACCCUUUAAUCCUGAAGAGACUGAAACUGCCAAACUGUGAAGACCUGGCUGCCUAUGACAGCCCAGAGGCUGCAAACUGUCUGAGGAUAGGCAUCCCUAUGGCUGAGCCCAUUAAUAAGAAUCACAAGUGUUACAACAGCAGUGGGGCAGACUACCGCGGCACAGUCAGUGUGACUAAGUCGGGGCAUCAGUGCCAACCGUGGAACUCCCAGUAUCCUCACAGCCACACCUACUUUGCCGUCCGCUAUCCGGAGCUGAACGGGGGACACUCCUACUGCCGCAACCCAGGGAACAGACAGGAGGCCCCCUGGUGCUUCACCCUAGAGGAGGGGGUCCGCAUGGAGCUCUGUGACAUACCUAUCUGUGACCAUAAAGACAAGUCUGGUGGCAGCAACAUGGAGAUCUUGUAUAUCCUGGUUCCAAGUGUAGCGAUCCCAUUAGCCAUUGCCUUGCUCUUCUUCUUCAUUUGUGUUUGCCGGAACAACCAGAAGUCUUCUAGGCCUCCUGCGCCCCGCCAGCCCAAGCCAGUCCGAGGGCAAAAUGUUGAGAUGUCCAUGCUCACAACCGCUUACAAGCCAAAGAGUAAGGCCAAAGAGCUUCCCCUGUCAGCUGUGCGUUUCAUGGAGGAGCUUGGAGAGUGCACUUUAGGGAAGAUCUACAAGGGUCACCUGUACUUGCCCGGCAUGGAUCAGGCACAGCUUGUAGCCAUAAAGACCCUGAAGGAUAUCUCCAGUGCCCAGCAGUGGGGUGACUUCCAGCAGGAGGCUGCAGUGCUGACAGAGCUACAACACCCAAAUGUGGUGUGCCUCCUAGGCGUGGUGACCCAGGAGCAGCCUGUCUGUAUGCUGUUUGAGUUUCUUCCUCAGGGCGACCUGCAUGAGUUCCUCAUCAUGCGUUCACCACACUCAGAUGUUGGCUGUAGCAGUGAUGAGGAUGGCACAGUGAAAUCCAGCCUAGAUCAUGGAGACUUCUUGCAUAUGGCCAUACAGAUUGCUGCUGGGAUGGAGUACUUAUCCAGUCACUUCUACAUCCAUAAAGACCUGGCAGCUCGGAACAUUUUAGUCGGAGAACAGCUCCACGUCAAGAUUUCUGACCUGGGUCUCUCCAGAGAGAUCUACUCCUCAGACUACUACUGCAUCCAGCCCAAAAUUCUGCUGCCCAUCCGCUGGAUGCCCCCUGAGGCCAUUGCCUAUGGCAAGUUCACCACAGACUCAGACAUCUGGUCAUUCGGAGUCGUGCUGUGGGAGAUCUUCAGCUAUGGCCUGCAGCCCUAUUACGGUUUCUCCAACCAAGAAGUGAUGGAGAUGGUGAGAAAGAGGCAGCUGCUGCCCUGCCCUGAGGACUGUCCACCAAGGUUCUAUGGUUUGAUGACUGAGUGUUGGCAGGAGGGUCCAGCACGGAGACCACGCUUUAAGGACAUUCACGCCCGUCUGAGAGCCUGGGAGGGGCUUUCAUCUCACGCCAGCUCCAGCACACCCUCUGGUGGUGGGGGAAAUGCCACCACCCAGACUACCUCGCUCAGUGCCAGCCCUGUCAGCAACCUCAGCAACCCCCGUUACGCCGCUGCUGCCGCUGCUGCUGGGUACCUCUACCAAACCCAGGCUAUUCCUGCUCCAGGGCAGAUCGCUCCAAUUCCAGCUUGGACACCCAUGGCUGUGCCCCAAACCCACCAGCGUUUUAUCCCUGUCAAUGGAUACCCCAUCCCACCAGGAUAUGCAGCCUUUCCUGCCCACUUCCCUGCCCCUGCCCCUCCAACCAGAGUAAUCCAGCACCAGCUGCCACCUCCUAAAAGCCGGUCACCCAGCAGUGCCAGUGGCUCCACCAGCACAGGUCACGUCAGCGGAGUGCCCUCCACUGCAGGUUCCAACCAUGAUGCUAACACACCGCUGCUUUCUCACUGCGUCAUGCCGGGCAGCGGCGGAGGGUUGGUUCAGGUGUACGGACAAGUUUCCCAGAAGGGGGUGGGAGCGUUGGACCACUCAUCACAGACAUCAGCGCUGCUCGUUGGUGAUUCUGACAUACUAAUGUACAACGACUCUGUCAUCACCGCGGACCUGUAGAUAAAUAGAUGGAUACUCACACUUUUUCUGCUUGGGACUCAGAUAUGAGUGUUUCAGCCUCUUGCCCGGGCACCUAGCCUAGUUAUUCUACUCGCACAGAGACCCGACAGAAACGGGCCUGUAAGCACACCUGGGUGUGCGAGAAACACUGCUGCAGCUACAGUACACACAAGUAUAUACACAGCUGUUUGACUUUUUAAUGCCUUAUUGUUUAAAGGAAGUGUACUUACUAUCAUGGUUUGCAAAUGUUAUUUUAACCCUUGUAAAUAUGGUACAUGUCCUAAAUGAAUGAAUGAAAUACAAAGAUAUAUAUUCAAAAGAACAUUUUAUUAUGGAAAGACACUUUAAGGUGAUAAAGUAGCAAGUCAGUCCUCUGACCAACGAAAACUGUUUGUCAUCAAGUCACUGUCAGUGGCCUGUUUCUUGCAGGAUGUGAAGGAGACACUGACAUUCUUCUAAUUUCCUUUAGGUGCCUUUUAGCAAGGGUCUGACCGGCUUGUUGUUGGACAUAUUAACACAAACAAAUGUACUCUAGUGUAAAGCUAUAGUAAGCCACAGCCUGGCGAGCAAUAUUGGGAAUAGCAAGCUGAACCAACCAGAAGUGAGGCGGCUUUUCAUGAGGAGACCAGCUCCAAUCUGCUCAAAUACAUGAGUAUACAAGGCAUCCAGGUGACACGCCCUGCCCUUUGGACUCGAAAGCUGAAUUUGAACAUUUUGACAGCUAACGGUUACAUGAGAGGUGACUUAGCUGGAAGUAAGCUGCUCAUGCAUCAUCUUUUUCACACAAAAUCCUUUCAGAAAUGACACCUGAAUGUUUUAGUGCAGCCUCAGCAUAACUGCAGACUUCUGCAACAUGGACACAGGUCUUUUUGCCUUUCAAGCCUCAGUAUAUAGCUGUCCAGGGAGUUUUUGGAUUGGAUAUUUUAAGUGCCAUAUUAACUUUUCAUUCUCCCAUCAUUUUCCUGUCUCCCUAAAUGAGUAUACAGACCAUUAAUGCAUCUCAACAUUCUCCAUGAUCCCUUUAUUUUGUCUUUUCCCUUAUUGUCUCACACGUCCUCCCUCUCAGGAUAUUGCAGGACCCCAUAAUUUCAGGAUCCCCUACAGAUGUACAAAUGAAAUCAUGCGGUGCUCAUGUCCUCAACAGCUGAACUGGACCACCCCCAGGACAAAUGGUUCAUUCACCACAUGAGGGCUGGGGUCAGUUUUACUGUCGGUAAUGUAGGCUGAAAUGUCAGCCCUCACAAAUUAAUGUUUUUAUUGUAUAUUGGAUGUUUUCAUUUUCAUUGGAGAAUUUCUUUCAGCAUUUGAAUUUUGAAGAAACAGGUUUUAUUUGUGAGGCUUGUCUUCAUGUGUCUUUGCCCUUUACUCUCCUGUAGUAUGGCAUCCGUGUUGUACAAAAAAAAGAUCAAACCUUGCUGAACAAAUUGUAGUACUGUGUGUGAAAAGAUGUAUGCAUGUUGCUUCUAACUGGUCCUGGGUAUACCUGGCACCAACUGUACUAGCAACAAGAGCAGUUUUUUUUAAAGGAUAAACUGGAUCGGUCCGUUCUGUUACAGCUGUAUUUUUAUUUUAACAUCUCCGCCGUCCAGUCGCAGCUAAUCAUGAUCGGGUUGGAUGCUUGUACACUAAAAUUUUUUUGUGAUAUGAAGAAGUGUGUGUGUUUGGUAAAUGAAUCAUUCUCAGUCCUGGAAACACACAAAUGCUAUGUGAGCUACCAGUUAAUAUUUAAUGAUGAUGGUUGAUCAGCAGCAGAGCUAAAUAUGAAGCUUUUAUUGUUAAGGAAUAUUGUAGAGGCAGAGAAGUGUGAUAUUAGCUGUGAUUAUUGAUAUGAAAUUCCCUUCUCUACUUGUGUAGUAGACAAUCAGUCAUUCACUUCCUGACUGCAUGUGUUGCACUCUGAUGUUUACAGAUGAUUAUGCCAUCAGUCACCUGUAUUUGAUAAUCAUCUAGCAUGACAGAAGGGAGCGCAAAGCACAGUAAAGAUUUCCUAAAUAGCUUUUUUAUGGUAUAGUGUUAAGUUGACAUUUGUGGAAUGUAGAUAGACAAACCUGUAAUCGAAUUAGUUUUUCUUUAAACCCAGACUCAAACCAGAAAUGACUGAAGUAAUUUUUGUUUUGAAACUUCCCAGAGUACAGUAUGUUAGAGUAACCCAGCAGCUGUUUCAGUUAGCUAUAGAUUCAAGCUCAAAAUGCAGUAAAUCAGCCCUCCAUUUUUAAAUUUGAUUAAGCUUUAUAUUACCCCAAGAUCAUUUUCAAACCAGGUAUGGUCAGUAGAGUAGAUAAUUAUCUGUCAUGAGAAACAUGAAGGGAGAAGCUCUUGGUUGGAGUCUUUGAAAAGAUUUGUUCCUCAAGAUGAUUUCAAUCAUUUUAAGUUAAUUUUCCCACAAUUUUUUUUUAUUUCAUUGCUGUUUUUUUCUCUCUUUAUCUUUUUGUUCCUCUGAAGCAGAUUGAGCUACCUAAGCAGCUGAGUUUGUGCACAUGACCUGCAGUAAUGUCGAAGAUUUAUGUGUACGGACAUCAGUGCAAAAACCACUUGUACACAAGACUGUGAAUCAAGUCUAUGUAUUGUUGUAUUUGGCAAAAAAAACAUUAUUGUGCCUUUUUUAUUUUAAAUAUUUUCUUUUAAAUACAACUAAAUUUAUAUUUCAGUAACAAUGUACCCAUUACAAAAGGUUUACAUCCUUUUGACCAAGAGAGGCCUUGUCUUUGUAUUUUGUCUGAAACAUUUUUGCACAGAUGUUUUGCAUUGCAAAUUCAUUUAUUAAAUGUUGUUGUUUGGUUAA